AUGUCUGGUCGUGGAAAAGGCGGCAAGGGGCUUGGGAAAGGUGGUGCAAAACGUCACCGCAAAGUCCUGAGAGACAACAUUCAAGGAAUCACAAAGCCAGCUAUUCGCCGCCUAGCUCGUCGUGGUGGCGUGAAGCGUAUUUCUGGUCUGAUCUAUGAAGAGACGCGUGGUGUUCUGAAAGUGUUUCUUGAAAAUGUUAUUCGCGACGCUGUAACCUACACCGAACAUGCUAAGCGCAAGACUGUGACUGCUAUGGACGUAGUGUAUGCUCUGAAGCGUCAAGGCCGUACUCUGUAUGGUUUUGGCGGUUAA